AUGGAACCUUUUAGUAAUUGGGAAGAAGUGGCUACUUCAAACCCAUCCAAUAGAGUACCUUUACCUCAUGAAGAUUUUGAUCAAUAUUUUACUGGAUAUGCCGAAGUGGAGAAUAUGUUCAACGAGACAUUGACAGGUUUACAAGACUUGGAUGUGCCUUCUGGAUUUGUAAACCAAGACCUCAGACAACAACAACAGGAGCUACAAGCUGUAAGAGGGCAUCAGGUAAAGCAUAGUCGAGGAAUGAGUGGUACGGCUAUUUUUGGAUUUGCUGAGCACAACAGGGAGUUAUCUAUAUCAGGAUUGACAGGCGAUUUAUACAAGGCAGCGAAACCAUCCAUGGAUAUGGGAAAAUCAAUAUCUCCAGGACAGUUGAUUAACUCUUUAAAUGGACAAACAGAACAAGUUGGUUUACCCUCAGUCGCCUUAGAUUUUAACUUCCCUAGUGAAAUUCAAAAACCAUUACACUUCGCAGAAGAAGAAGAGUAUGAAUAUGAACAAACGAAACCUAAGAAAGAUACUAAGCAGGACUAUAUUGUUACGAAUAAGAACCCUAAAUCGUACAAAUUUCCACCUUCUCCCAAACUGCCACCAACAAAGGAUUCAGAGUCAGUAAUCGAGCCAAAACAGUAUAAAUCUGUUAACCAAUAUUCUGUUAAGUAUUUACAGGAACUUAAUAAAAUCAACAACACAGCUUCCUUGAAGCAAAAUCAAGAAACAUAUACCGAUGAUAUCGAACCUCUAUUGCAAAAAGGAGCUGAAAGUGAACCCAUUACGUAUACUAAUCCACCUGUUGGUGAGUAUACCAAUAUUCCAGAAUCUCAGCAGUCUACCCCUUUCAAUAAUCAUACAGUAUACAAAUAUAUUCCAAUUCCAACCCAGAAUCCUACAUUAUUUUCAAAUACAACUCAAGAACAAAGAAAACUUGAUCAAAAUGAUUUUCCAUUGAAUAUAAAGAACAACGCAUACUUACCUCCACCACCAUCAACGCCGGGUUUAACAAACGGUUCUCCAGAUUGGAAUUCAUCCCCAGAACCACAAUCUCCUUCCCCUAGUAGGGCUGUACUAAACUCUUGCCAGAAUAAUUCAAGAUUCUCUUCGCCAAUUCGUCCAAAUAUGAGAAACGGAAGAAAUGAUUUUUAUACACCACAAUUCUUUUCCGAUGAUAAUGGAAACAUAACAAAUAACAAUAUAUUGAAAAGCAAUAUCCAAAGCGAACAGAGCUCUUCGCCAGUUUUUCAAUCGACUCUUAAUUCGUCACCAAUCAAAUUUUAUACAAGUCCAUUGAGAAAUGCCCCACCAACUGAAGAUGAUACCAUGGAUGCAAAUGCAACAAUCACUCAAUUGACUCCAUUGAAAAACCAAACUCCAAUGAAUCCAUCGAAGAAUAAAGUAACAUUGGAAUGGAGUCCAAUAAUUUCUCCAAAUGCUAAAUCUUCAAAAGAUGUAAAGAAGGCACUUAAAGAAUCUUCACCUAAAAGAAGGGUUAAGAAGACUUCUUUAUUACCACCCGGUGAAUUGGAUCAGUACUGGGAUGGUCCAGAUGAACACAAGAUAUUUACAUGCACCUACAAAAAUUGCGGAAAGAAAUUUACUAGAAGAUAUAACGUUAGAUCUCAUAUUCAGACUCAUCUUAGUGAUAGGCCGUUUGCAUGCUCAUAUUGUCCAAAGAAAUUUGUUAGACAACAUGAUUUGAAUAGACAUGUAAAAGGACAUUUGGAAGCACGGUAUUGCAAAUGUGCAUGCGGUAAGGAAUUCACAAGGUUGGACGCAUUAAGAAAACAUAGGGCAAGAAAUAUAUGCAUUGGCGGUGUUGCAAGUAAUGAAAAUCACUGUAUUACAAAACCUCCAAGAAAAGAUAAAGUUGAAAUCCUAGAUGGUAUGACUUCUGAAAGGCUUUCUGAAGAUAUACAGGCUAUCUUGCCACCAUUAGAAGGUCCAUCACCAUCAGAUUGA